CACAGUGAGGUUCUCACCUCCGCCCCCCGCCCGUCGCUCGCAUCCCCAGUUCCAUCAAAGCCAACCCGGACCAGCGCAGGGAUCUCCGAGUUGCGAGUGUGCUGAGGCUGGGACUGUCACUCAUUCUCCGCUCAGCGCGUGAACGCAGCUCGGCAGUGGCUGGCAGGAAACAAUUCUGCAAAAAUAAUCAUACCCAGCCUGGCAAUUGUCUGCUUCUCGGUCCGUUGCUCCGCCGCCGUCCACAGUCGCUAGCAAGGGGAAGGCACAGAAUUUACCGCGGCCAGAACAUCCCUCCCAGCCGGCAGUUUACAAUGCUGCGAACUAAGGAUCUCAUCUGGACUUUGUUUUUCCUGGGAACUGCAGUUUCCCUGCAAGUGGAUAUUGUUCCCAGCCAAGGAGAAAUCAGCGUUGGAGAGUCCAAAUUCUUCCUGUGUCAAGUGGCAGGAGAAGCCAAAGAUAAGGACAUCUCCUGGUUCUCCCCCAAUGGGGAAAAGCUGAGCCCAAACCAGCAGCGGAUCUCGGUGGUGUGGAAUGAUGAUGACUCCUCAACACUCACCAUCUACAAUGCCAAUAUCGACGAUGCCGGCAUCUACAAGUGUGUGGUCACUGGCGAGGAUGGCACCCAGUCUGAGGCCACGGUCAACGUGAAGAUCUUCCAGAAGCUCAUGUUCAAGAAUGCACCAACCCCACAGGAGUUCAAGGAAGGAGAAGAUGCUGUGAUUGUGUGUGAUGUGGUCAGCUCUCUGCCCCCAACCAUCAUCUGGAAGCACAAAGGCCGAGAUGUUAUCCUGAAAAAAGAUGUCCGAUUCAUAGUCCUGUCCAACAACUACCUGCAGAUCCGGGGCAUCAAGAAGACAGAUGAGGGCACUUACCGCUGUGAGGGCAGAAUCCUGGCCCGGGGGGAGAUCAACUUCAAGGACAUUCAGGUCAUUGUGAAUGUACCACCCACUGUCCAGGCCAGACAGAGCAUCGUGAAUGCCACUGCUAACCUGGGCCAGUCCGUCACCCUGGUGUGCGAUGCUGAUGGGUUCCCAGAGCCUACCAUGAGCUGGACAAAGGAUGGGGAACCCAUUGAAACCGAGGAGGAAGAUGAUGAGAAGCACAUCUUCAAUGAUGACAGUUCUGAGCUGACUAUCAGGAAUGUGGACGAAAAUGACGAGGCCGAGUACAUCUGCAUUGCUGAGAACAAGGCUGGCGAGCAGGAUGCGUCUAUCCACCUCAAGGUCUUUGCAAAGCCCAAAAUCACCUAUGUAGAGAAUCAGACGGCCAUGGAACUAGAGGAACAAGUCACUCUUACCUGUGAAGCCUCAGGAGAUCCCAUCCCCUCCAUCACCUGGAGAACUUCCACCCGAAACAUCAGCAGUGAAGAAAAGGCUUCGUGGACUCGACCAGAGAAGCAAGAGACUCUGGAUGGGCACGUGGUGGUACGCAGCCACGCUCGUGUGUCCUCUCUGACCCUGAAGAGCAUCCAGUACACAGAUGCUGGAGAGUACAUCUGCACUGCCAGCAACACCAUCGGCCAGGACUCCCAGUCCAUGUACCUUGAAGUUCAAUAUGCCCCCAAGCUCCAGGGCCCUGUGGCUGUGUACACUUGGGAGGGGAACCAGGUGAACAUCACCUGUGAGGUCUUUGCCUACCCAAGUGCCACAAUCUCCUGGUUCCGAGAUGGUCAGUUGCUGCCAAGCUCCAACUACAGCAAUAUCAAGAUCUACAACACCCCGUCUGCUAGCUACCUGGAGGUAACCCCUGACUCCGAAAAUGACUUUGGAAACUACAAUUGUACGGCAGUGAACCGCAUUGGGCAGGAGUCCUUGGAAUUCAUCCUUGUUCAAGCAGACACACCGUCUUCUCCAUCCAUCGACCGAGUAGAACCCUACUCCAGCACAGCACAGGUGCAGUUUGACGAGCCAGAGGCCACAGGUGGAGUGCCCAUCCUCAAAUACAAGGCUGAGUGGAAGUCCCUGGGGGAAGAAGCAUGGCAUUUCAAGUGGUAUGAUGCCAAAGAAGCCAACAUGGAAGGCAUUGUCACCAUCAUGGGCCUGAAGCCUGAGACAAGGUACGCAGUACGACUGGCGGCCCUCAACGGCAAGGGGCUGGGCGAGAUCAGUGCAGCCGCUGAGUUCAAGACACAGCCAGUCCGGGAACCCAGUGCACCCAAGCUGGAAGGGCAGAUGGGAGAAGAUGGGAACUCCAUCAAGGUGAACCUGAUCAAGCAGGAUGACGGAGGUUCCCCAAUCAGACAUUAUCUGGUCAAGUACCGAGCGAAACUUGCCUCUGAGUGGAAACCCGAAAUCAGGCUCCCAUCCGGCAGUGAUCACGUCAUGCUCAAGUCCCUGGACUGGAACGCCGAGUAUGAAGUAUAUGUGGUAGCUGAGAAUCAGCAAGGAAAAUCCAAGGCAGCUCAUUUUGUGUUCAAGACCUCAGCCCAGCCCACAGCCAUCCCAGCCACCCUGGGAGGAAGUUCCACCUCCUACACCUUGGUCUCACUGCUCUUCUCUGUGGUGACUCUUCUUUUGCUCUGUUAGGAACUUGAAAACACACACACACACACACACACACACACACACACACACACACACACUCAGGAAUCUUAUGAUAGAUAGAAAGCUUGUGUUGACAAGCUGCAUUCUGUGCCUAGCCAGCUCCAGGAAGGAGCAAGCAGAAAUAUAAGGGGUUUCUGAAAAAACUAGCCCUAGAGUUCAACCAUUCUGGUAGCCUGACAGUUAUAUUGAGACCAGGGCUUCAGCGCCUGGGGAGCCAUAAUACAAUAACUCAGAUCCAGCUGGGCACCUAGAAAAUGUGAGAUCCAUUUAAAGGCACAGGAAAAUUGGUAUAUAUGUGAGUCUCAGCCUUGGAGCAAGCCAGUUAAGUGCCAAAACUGCUUUGAAUGCCAAGCUCUCAAGCCAAGAGCCAAAGAAAACAGACAGCCCAGGCAGGCACUGCUCCAGGCAGCUCUUACCUAGGAAGAUGUGGGAAAGCUGCCCUCCAGGAAGCCUUCUUUAUGUGCAAGGUACCUAGGUGGGCUUGGCACAGAGGGUGAGAGGAAGGUCAUGGGGAAAGUAGACGUCUGAAAGGUUUGGGGCUGUUUUGUUUGUUUGUUUGUUUUUGCUUUUCCUUUUAUGACCCAUUCAAUGAGAUGUAGGAUCUAGACCUCGUCCCACCCAUUUUCCUGAACUAAACUAUUCUGUAACUAUUCAGGAAUUUCUCCUGACCCCAGGACCCUUUGAUCUGUAUCACAGACUCCUCUUAUUUCCAUCUCUCUGUCAGGGCCACCAUCAUUCUCUCCAACUUCAGGAGCACUCACUUGCUGUAGAAGUAUCAGUCCUUGGAAGUGGUGGGCUGGGUGGCCCCUUUCUUUCAGGAAUCUUUACUUUCUCUCAAUGUUUCUGCAUCAGACCACGUUUGUUCUAUCUGAGACAUGGAGACAUGGAGCAACCCUUUGGUGAUGGGUCCUGGAAUCAGGCAUGAGCCACUGGGAUUGAGGUCAGGGAAGACUUAGGAAUGGUGGCCCUUAUAUGAUUAGGGUACUUGUUCAAAUCCCAAUUCCUGAUCCUCACUGCCCAAUGAUUCUGGUUCUAGAAUUGAAGAGCUCCAGAUUCUCAGUAUUUAAGAAACCAUCUAGGAAUUCCACUACAGGUGGAGAAUUGCUGUGUUAAGUGUUAAAAGGCAUUUAGUUUUCAUGCAAAAUUAAAAUUGCAAAACUUGAUGACUAAAGAUGUGGUCUACCAGUAUUUUAGUAUUCCAGAAAAAAUGCACACUAUGGAGACUGGUAUCUUGGAAAUAGUAUCAUGUGUGGAGUAAUUCUGUUUUGGAAUAAGGUAUUUGUGGUUGAAAAAGAUUUGCAAAACAUCCUUGACCAAGACCCUCCUAGAUACAGGUAUCUCAUCCAUAGGAUUACAACCUCUGUCCAGUCUCUGUUUAAUGCUUCUAGAAAUAGAGUGCUCACCUCCCAAAGCAACUCACACUGUUUGAAUUUCUAUGCUUGUCAACCCUUCCUGUGGGGCUGUAGUCUGCUCCACCCCCCAUAUUGGCAUCUACUGAUGCUGUGCAGAAUACAGGUCCUUUUCCUCCCUGUGACACACAUUGGCAUUUUUGGAAUGAUGUUCUCUUCCCCAGGCUGAAUACUCACUCAGCCAUCCAACAAAUAUUCUGUCAGAGUUACCCUAGUGACUGGGGAAACAGAAGAGAGAGCAAGCACCUGCUAGGGUGUCCUAGAGAAGCCAUGCAGAGAGAGCAUGCAUGUAAAUGCCCAGGACAAAAGGUCACAUGGUGGCCAGAAGAGAAGAGAGCAGAGUGACUUGGUAGAUAAAGAAGGUAGAUCUCCAAGAAGGUAACAUGGGACCUGUAAGACAACACAGCUACACAAUCAGCCAGGCCCUGGGGAGAUGACAGGCUGGCAUAUUCAUCAGGCAGCAUACAGACUGGCCUGGAACUGAAGGUCAGACCCUGCUUUAAGAGGGUCAGAGGGACUACACAGGGGCCACAACACAUGUGAGAUCUCAUGGGCCAAGGAAGACUUUGAACUUUCUAUCAAAUGAAAGGGAGACCACCAACCUACUUUUUUGCCUAUGUCAUAUCACAGUCUUCAUCCUUGGAUGCCUCCCUUUGAAGGUGCUCCCAACCAGGGAAACCUCCGGCUGGUUCUGCUGGGUCCAGAGCAAACAGCCAUCUAGUCGCUGUACUCUCGCACUCAGAAUAGCUUCUCCACAGUUUAUUUUUCCUCUUUGAAGAGAUGAGUGGUUAUGAGGCUGGAGACAGGCUCAAAGGUUAAGAGAUGAGUGGUCAUGAGACUAGAGAUGAGUUCAAUGGUUAAGAGAUGAGCAGUCAUGUAGGACUGCAUUUAUGUAUCAAGAUCAAGAUAAAAGCCAUUGCUGUUGAGAUGGGCAUGGCAGCUCAUGCCUGUAAUCUGAACUCUCAGAGGCUGAGGCAGGAGGGUUGUUGUAUAUGUGAGGCUAGCUUGAGCUACACAGCAAGGCCCAGACUAGCCUGGGUUACAGAGAAAUAAGACUUGGUCUCAAGAAAAAAUUUAAGAGUGCCACUAAGUGCAAAAAUUCAUAGGUAUUCCCUCAUGUCCCCAAAACAACUACUUUCAUGUUUUCAGCUCUUUCUUCAUGAAGUAGGCACUUGACACAUACUGGGAUGACUUUCCUAUUCAAGGAAACCCCUUGGGAUCCUAAAGAUCAAGGAAAUUAAGAUAUCUCCUUCCUUUUACAUGAGUGAAAAAUAAGGAGAAAUUCUCAAGUGGGCUGCUAGAAGAAUGAGUCAUUCCAGCUGAGGGCUAAGGCCUGUGGCUGAUUUCCUGAUGUCAAAACCCACACACCCGAUAGCUAAUGUCCUUUACUCAUCUUGGGUCUUCUCAGAGACCCCAGCUAUAGUUCUCAGUGAAGGAUUAGAAGGGACCAGCCCAAAAUUCCAAGGGAGAAAGACUAAGAAGCAAGUCAAGGUGCCAAGGAGUGACAUUUGUGAACCUGGCAUCUCCUCCAGCUCAGGCCAUGAGGCCCCUAGAGGGAUUGGUUGUGAGCAUUCCUCUUUGAAUGCCAAGCUCUCAAGCCAGGAACCACAGAAGACAGACUACCCCGGCCAGGCACUGCUCAAAGCAGCUCUUACUAGGACGAUAUGGGAAAGCUGCCCCUUCGAGAAGCCUUCUUUUUGUGCAAGGCACCUAGUUGGACUUGUCAUAGAGGGCAAGGGCAAUGUCAUGGUGAAGAUAGACAUCUGAAAGGUUUUGUUGUUGUGUUGUGUUUUGUUUUGUUUGCUUUUCCUUUUAUGACCUGUUCAAUGAGAUUCAGGGUCUAGACUUUGUCCCACUAGUUUUCCUGAACUAAACUAUUCUGUAACACCUACAAGGUACCCUUUGAUCUGUAUUCUGGGCAUUCUGGGCCAGAAAUGAAGUCUGUAAUUAGGAACAGUAGAAUGACACAACCUCUAGAGAAGCACUCCAGUACCUAGUAUGGACAGAGAUAGGCUACACAAGGAAUGAAGAAUGGUGGCCAGGUGUGGUGGUGCACGCCUGGAAUCCCAGCUCUCAGGAAGAGAGGGCAAAAGGAUCAGAGACCCUAGUCAGUGAGAUCCUGUCUCAAAACUCCAACAUCAUUAAAAGGAAAAUGGCAGCCCACAUGCAGUACCACUUAUUCUGAGUUGCCCUUCUCUCCCCUUGUCUGGAGCAAGAUGAGAAUGGCAAGCUGCUGGAGCGGGCUUAGUAGUUAGCAAAGUAUAGUGAACUGAGUAUGGAGACAGUUGGGGCCAAUUCACAAGUACUGCCAGCUGUAGACCUGGGUAUCCUCGGUCUCUUGGGGGCACAAGAAACAUCAGACAAGGUCUAAGGGUAGAAUGGAGUUGCAUUUGAAGAAUGAAUGAAUGAGAAGUGCCCAUAUGUCAGUCUGAGACUACUGUCUCCACAAUGACUUCCAUAGGCAGAACUCUGUUCAGAGUCUUGCUUCCCACAAUGCUGCUAUUCAUGGGAGUCAGUGGGUCCCUCUCAGAAAACUGAUGUCAGUGGGGCCACACAGGGAACUCAGCCAGGGUCCUUCUGUGAGAGAAUCUAUAGGUCAAGGCCCUGGAGGACUGCUGAUGGACACCAUAGGAGCUAGACACAGAAAACACAGCCAGAAGUAGGAAGCUGGGUACUGUCGGGGUAUGAGAAUGUAACUUGGUGGACGUUUGUCCUGUGCAUGGGUAUGACUGUCUGUGAGAAUGUUCAAAUCUGGGUAAGUCUACAGGUUUUCCUGAAGUCUGAUCCCAGCAUGCCUGGCUCCCACAGGGUGAGUAUUCCCAGACCCUCUGCCUUACCUGUGGGGUAGGCUGCUGUGUCUCAGGAAUGUCAUGGGUCACAUUCAGCCUUCCGUGGCACAAAAAGAAAGGGUAAACUGAGACCCCAGUUCCUUCCUAGUUAAAGUCCUUUGGACUCACUCUUCAAGAGGGGAGAGGAAGUAGAAUUAUAUGUUGGGCACCCCAUUGGGCCUAACAUCUCCACAAGACCCAAGGCAGUGCUGGGAACCCCAUAUGGGACCCUGUCUACCACUCUGCCUAGAGCCACAGAACAGCCCGAAGCCAGCAGCCACUGCCUGACUAUACAAAAAAAAAUCUUUUGCAUGGUCCAGAGACACAGCAGGGCCCUCCUGGAUUCAUCUUCACUCGAUGUCCUCAAAUACUGCCUGUCUGGGCCCAGUCUGCUUACAGGAUUCAUGAAGACCAGUUGAGCAUAGGCCUUAGGGAGGAGGUUCAGGGUUGGGGACAGGAAUGAAGACACAGCUCAUAGUCCCCUCUCUUCAUCUUAAUUUGUGGGAGCCCUUAAUCUCAUCCUGUCUCAUGGGUGAGAUGAGGUUAUCACACCCCAUCUGAAAGAUGCAGAGAAUCUCUUGUCUCUGUACCAGGCAUAAGAAGACCCUUGGGAAGGUACCACUGGUCACAAAUGCCUUGGUUUUAUGCUUAGGGCCCUACUCCACCCCCAGGGACAAUUGUCCAGAGGGUCAGGGGGCUCAUACCCAAGCCUGCUAACCACCGACCAUCUCUCUCUCUCCCA